AUGACCUCCAUACCAGCAGCAGAACAGGGUUCGGAUGGCCCUCAGAAACGGAAAUGCAAGGCCCUGGGACUUGCAGACAAUAAACCCUGUCAAUCUGAUGUGACAUCCGUCGAUGGCCACUUUUGUCAUUUCCAUUCCAGGCAAUGCUAUGGCUUGUACAAGGGUUAUAAACGCCGCAAUGCUCAACUUGAUGCCCUUUCAGCGGCUCCUCCUGCCUACCUGGCAGAUCGUGGGACAAAAUUGGCAAAUGAGGAUUUUGCGGCACUUGAAGAUGAAGCCAUCCUCGAAGAGGUUCAUCAUCAUCUCUUCAAGAGGCACGCUUUCCUGGAUCGCGUUAUCAAGGCUCGGAAACUUCACCACAGUCAUUUCUAUGCCCAGACCAUGGAUUAUGGUCAUGAAAAGUAUCUCAAUACACUCAUCACGCAGAAAUUGACAGUCCAGAAAGCUCUGGAACGUUUAACGCAGCGCCUGGUUGAGGUCCUCUACCAGAAACGGAAAUGGUACAAAUGGGCGCGAGAGUGCCAGGAAGAGGAAGAGAAACAGCGAGAGAACGAACAGAAGAAGAUCAAACGUGAAGCGGCCCUUUUCCGUCGGCAAGCCAAGAGACUUGAAGCUCGCAUGCGAGACCUUCGGGCAAAGGAGGACGAGAGAAGACAAGAAGAGUACCUACAGUCCGCCUACAAAGAGAGCCUUGCCAAUCAAUCAGCCGAGUCAGAUGACGAAGCUUGGGACCCCAUUGAAGACAUCAUGGAAAAUGAGCACGAUACCUAUGUCGAGCUAAUCAAGCACUUCCUAUGGCUGGAGCUCCGGCCCAUGCCAGACCCGCCUUCAGAAAGCAGUAUCUGUUCAAAAGAUGCGGUAGAGGAAGAAUGCGAGCAAUUAGCGAGUAUCAAGGACAUUAAGGAAACCCAGAACUCUGCAAACGAAUCACCAGCGUCACAGAACGUAAAACCCAAAAAGAAGGCCAGGAGCAAAAAACCCAAAGACCACAUUACCACGGAUGGCCUAGCGGAGACUGAGCGUAUCGAUGCUGUUCCUUCGAGAGGAGUAAACCACAUCCGACCAAUACUGGUCCCCACCCAAGGUGAAAGAAAGGGGCAAGAAAACGAACCAGACAUGGCGAAGAUCGAAAGCCGGGAGGACAUCCGGACGAGACUCCUCGAAGGCACAAAGCCCAUCAGCGGUAGUCUGAUGUACCUGGAUGCUUCUGGACGGAGGCAAGAUUAUGAGCGAACAGAGCCAAUAGCCGCCCUAGAGGUAGACCGACUGCUGGACGAGAUCGCCGAGGUAAAGAAUUAUCUGUUUUGCCGUCUUCUACUUGGAAAUGCCGUUCUACUCCCUCUCGCUAUGAAAGCAGACACCGUCUGCGACUUUCUCGCAGAUCCGGAAGUCAGAACUUGUGAUUUACGAGAUUUAUGUCUGAGGCUAGAAAAGCCCCAGCUACAGGAGAUCAGGGACGCCUGUGCAGAUUUUUGUCGCAAACACGACGACCAAGACGCCGUCGCACGUGCGGACGAUGAGUCAAACCAAGAUGAAGACAGCGAAAAGGAAGAUGGCAUGUGGGAUUUUAAGUUGCGCGAGAAAAGGCACAAACAUCACCUACCAAAGAUCUGGCAGUCGAAUCGAGAGAAAGCUAUUCGGACCGCACAACCGCAAACCUCAGCUGCAGGCAACUUGCGAGUCAAGAUCUGUGGGCACUACAUUUACAACUACCCUUAUCAAGGUGCAAUGAAACGAGGCGGUUGGCUGCAUUUCUGCAUCAUGGCAAGGGAAUGCAGUCUUUUCAAAGCCGUCGAGCUGUGCAAGUCAUGGGACGAAUUCUUCGAGUUGAGUGUCUUGACGCUCUACCACUACUUUCCGUCCCCUGAGUGGCUCCUUUGGGCAGGAGACAUGGUGAAACAGCAAUAUCUCCAAGUUGGCUUCUUCCCGUAUUUCAUCUUCAACGAGGCAGUUGAGCGCACCGCCAGUCAACGUGGACGUAACCAGGUAGGUCGUCGCACUCAUGCUUCGUCUGAGAUGAGAAAUUUCAUCUGUGCGCAUAUGAAACGCAAUGAUCCAGUCACCCGUCGAUUCAUCCAGUACACCUCAAUGCAAACCACAAGAAUGUUGAUCUUGGUGAGGGACGGAAAGACUGGGCGUAUUAUUGUGACGCCACCGAAGGACGAACUAUGGCUUAUCCGAACUAAGCAUGGAUAUGGCAGGGAGGCGAGAACUGAAUGGGACACUAAACGAUAUGUUGGACCAUUAUUCUUUGAGGAAAUGGAGAGAUUUCGGAGUUUCAGCCUUGGUUUCGACGACUACUAUGAUAUCUAUGUUUGGUCCACAGAACCGGGCACGGACUGGCAGAUGCUUCAUGCCUGUGUCAUUGAGAUGCUGUACAAGGCAAACCGGGUUGUACAUGCUGAGGACCUAUUGGCCUCAAUGGCACCAAUUUUGAAGACUCUGACUCGAGAUAAAGACGCACAACGCGCGCGAGACAUUCAAGAAGAUGAAACGGCUCAAUCAAUCUGGGAUGAAAUACGCAGCGCCUCCAGGUUCGAGUGGCGGACACCGGAUGCUAAUAAAUCUACCGAGAUGCCAAAACAUUUGGCAUACGGCGAAGCGGAUGCUCUCGAAGACGACAUCCUCUUCCCAGAUGACGUUUCAAGCUCCUCCAGCAGGAAACUCUUCAAACCCAUCGAGAACAGCAUAACCAAGUUUGAGGCAGGUCAGAUGAAGGACUAUGUCAUGAAACAGUUUCUUCAAUGCGGCGACUUCAGCGACAAUGAGUCCGAUGUUAUGGACACGGACUAUAUCAAGGAGGAUGACGCUGCUGAGAUGUCUGAUUGCGGGAGUGAUGGAUCCUCACAAUCUCUAUCUGAUGUCCUUCCGCACCACAACGCGGUCCUGAAGAUAAUGCAAUCAUUCGGAUCUGCGCCCACAAUGGAAGACUUGGAUGUGGAAGAGGCAUUCCUGAUGUACAUUGAUAUGUAUAAAUCCAAAGUCUUCAAAGAAGCAUGGCACAGAUGCGAUCUGGAACCAGGCUCUCGGGACAGCUGGCGUGACUACAUUUCGACUCGUCAUGACGCUCUAAGCGAUCUAACGCUCUUCAAUGAAGCGUACCUGUUCUCCGCACAGACACUCAGGUACCUGGAAUACCAUCCAGAAAUUCACCCUCGCGUGAUGACGGAUAUGCACCGAGCUUGCACUGUGGUCAUGCUUUUCAGCUCCAAAGCCUCUUCGUUCCUUGCAAGCAAACUCGGUGACAAGCAUAGAGACUCCAAACUCCUCGAUCAAAAGGGACGCUCAGAGCAGGUCCCCAACCGUCGAAGUUGCUACAGCUGCAAAUAUCGAGACGCCUCUUUCUACAAAGCAUUCGACGAAGCAGUUCAGGCAUGCCGCGCCAAGGUCUCGGAGUAUCGAUACGAUGAGGUUCCUGCCGAAUGGGACAUUUGUAUCCGCCCUAAACUCGCACAAUUAUUCAAGCAUGGUGUGAUUGGUGUUUCAUAUACUCCAGAGGAGGAUAUUAUGGGCGCUGCCUUUGCAGCUAGAGAAGGCGGACGGCCUUUGGAUCUUUUCGUGGACUACCGACCCUCCGUGUCUGGAUACAAAUUGCCAAAGCACAUGGUCAGUCCCUAUGCUAUCAGCAUCGACUCAUUGCGCGAGGAGGCUCGACAAUUUUCUGCUUCACAUUCGGCGGCCAGAUUUGCAUUGCUCCGCCUGUGGUCGACACCUUAUUUCUACCCAUUCAUGAUCGCUUGGGAGAAUCGCCCAUGGCACGCCUUUAUCGACUCCAUUGGUCGGGCCUGGGAGUGGAAGUUCAUGCCCACGGAUAUGCCUUACUCGGAACACAGCGUCCACUUCAACAUGACUGAAAGAUUCAGACCUUUCAUGGCCAAAUUUGGAAAUGGGAACAAGCUCAAGGUCCGGAAGGAUGUCGUUCUUGUGAUGGGAGAAGACGAAGAGGAGCUCUUGAAACUCGCAUCUGCGGCCACCUUCAUUGUGCAGACGCGGCCUUGGCGGCUGGAGAUCGAUUUCUGCAAAAGCUUUGUCAAUAUCGAUGUCGAGUUCUUGAGUGGUCUGGACGAUGCUUGGUGGACUUGA